AUGCGCCUUCUCCUCUUCAGCGGCUCUCAGUCGCCGCUGGCGGUGCGAUACCCACACCCGAAGGACCCGAAGCUCGUCCUGCCCCCCCUGGUGCACCGCGCCCUGCAUACAGCUCUGGACACAAAGCCCCCGUCCGCUGCUCUCAACUCUCACACGAAUACUCUCAUCAUUCCCAAGCCCGAAGCUCUCAACAAACACACUCCAGCAGAGUAUGAGCAGGAGGAUUUCGAGGUGACUGUCAAGAUCCAGCUGAGAAGAGAACAAUCGACACAGGAAUAUCUUGAGAGCAUCCGAUCUGCACUCGAGAUUCUGUCAACCCGGAAGGGCUUGUCAACACCUGAUGUAGUUCUCGUUGGGCUGCCAGAAGGAACAUUGGGCAGUUCUUCCAGCGUGAAGAAAUGGGGAACGAUGAACCUCAGCGUCGCGGAGUUGGAGGAGCUCUGCAAAGUGCAGGCGCCAUUCGUAGACGAACUGGACGUUCCCGACUGCACGACGUUGCCGGCUGAAUUCACUUCCUUUGCUAAAAGCAAUGAAAUCCAGCUCUGGCCAAGCGGGGGCGGUAUGGGCUCGGUCGAACUGCACAACCUUCUCCAGGAAUUCCAGCCAGUGGCUGCGUCGCUGGCGCCCUCGGUCGACGUGACAGCUCUUGCAAGCCUGGUCCCGUUACGAGCCGACGGCAGUGGAUACGAACCGGCCGUGCAGCCAGGUGUCAGCGUUGACUGGGUACUGACUUACACGUUACUGUCCCGUUCCCGGAACAUUGUGAAGGACAAGGGGUGGGUACAUGAUGUUGACUCCGGUUGA